GAAACAAGACUCCAUUAGGCAAUCUAAUGAUCUCAAAUAGAGGACCAAAGGGUCUUUCUGUCUUUCACUCCUCUUUUAUGACCCUUUAAACGUAACCGUUCAGAUUCCCAGCCACUUCCUACUCCACAACAGAACAUGUUCAAACUCCCCGGAAAACUCCUCUUAUGGUUCUUUAUUUUCAUGUAUUUAAUCAAUACCAUCACCUUGGCUCAACCCAAUUUCACUUCUUAUUACUGUGAAAACGCAGUUAACUAUACCAGAAACAGUACGUACCAAAGAAAUCUUGGCACCACCCUCUCCGACCUUCCGAACACCAGCUCCGGCUUUGGUUUCUACAACCUAUCCACCGGCGAUGGAAACGACAGAGUUAACUCCAUGGCCCUUUGUCGGGGCGACGUCGAAACGGAUUUGUGCCGGAGUUGCCUGAACGACUCCAUUAUUAAAUUGCGAGAAAUCUGCCCUAACCAACGGGAAGCAACAGGAUACUACGACAACUGCUUGCUGAAAUAUUCCAACAAGAAUAUACUGGGAUACACAUACGGUCUAGAAGAAAUUAUGUAUUUGAGGAAAACCCAAAACGCGCCAGAUAGGGAUCGCUUUAUUGGGUCUCUGAUGCCAUUGUUAAGCAAGCUGGGAGCUGACGCGGCGGCCGGCGGAUCGCUGCGGAAGUUUGUCACCGGGAACACGACUGUGCCCGAUUCCACAACCAUUUACGCGCUUAUGCAGUGUACUCCAGACUUAUCAGAAGUGGAGUGCGAAAGUUGCUUGGAUGAUUCUGUCAAUCAGUUUGCAGUUCAGUAUAGUGGGAGAAUUGGAGGGAGUACUCUUCUGCCAAUGUGUAAUUUUAGAUACGAAAUCUAUAGGUUUUUUAAUGGGAGUACUAUGGUCAUAACAUCACCGCCAACCUCGCCGGUGUCUCCGCCGCCUGUUCAACCACCACCAGGCAAAAAUAAAAACCAAAAACGAAAUGUGAUAAUAACAAUUGUUAUUAUCACAGUCAGCGUGGUCUUAAUAAUUGCUUCCAUAUAUAUCUUCAUCAGAUUGGGGAAAAAGAAGAAGCAAAUACCUCCAACUGAAAGUAUACAAACUGAAACUAUGGAUAUUGGCACUGUUGAAUCAUUGCAAUACAACUUUAGUACAAUAAAAGCAGCAACAAAUGACUUCUCGGAAGACAAUAAGCUUGGAAAAGGCGGUUUUGGAGCAGUUUACAAGGGUAAGCUUGGAGAUGGACUAGAAAUUGCAGUCAAGAGGCUAGCAAGGGAUUCUAGGCAAGGUGACAUAGAAUUUAAGAACGAGGUUUUGCUUCUUGCCAAGCUUCAACAUCGUAAUUUAGUCAAGCUGCUUGGUUUCAGCUUAGAAGGCAAUGAACGACUUCUCGUCUACGAGUUCUUGCCAAAUGCAAGUAUUGAUCGGUUUCUAUUUGAUCCACUUAAGCAUACAAUUCUUGAUUGGGAAAAGCGAUACAAGAUCAUCAAAGGGGUGGCCAAGGGACUAUUAUACCUUCAUGAGGACUCCUAUCUAAGGAUAAUUCAUCGUGAUUUGAAAGCCAGUAAUAUUUUGUUAGAUGCUGAAAUGAAUCCUAAAAUAGCAGAUUUUGGAAUGGCCUUUGACCCUGACGAAUCUCAAGGCGACACAAAUCAGAUUGUAGGAACCUAUGGUUAUAUGGCACCAGAAUAUGCAACGCACGGCGAAUUUUCAGUAAAGUCAGAUGUAUUUAGCUUUGGAGUUUUAUUGUUGGAACUAGUAACAGGUCAAAAAAACCAACGUUUUCAAAAUGGAGAGGACAUUGAAGACCUUCGUAGCUAUGCAUGGAAAUGUUGGCGAAAUGGGACCGUGACAAACAUUAUCGAUCCUACAUUGAUGACCGGAUCUGGUUUGCGUGAUAUCAGUAGAAGUAUCCACAUUGGGUUAUUAUGCGUUCAAGAUACUGCUUAUGACAGGCCAACCAUGGCUGCUGUUGUUCUUAUGCUUAAUAGUUUCUCUAUCACACUUCCAGUACCAUCAGAGCCUGCAUUUUUCAUGCGUAGUACCAUUGAUCCUCAAUUUCCAGUACCAUCAGAGCCUGCAUUUUUCAUACAUAGUACCAUUGAUCCUCAAUUUCCACUCCUUCAAGAGUACAGUUCUUCAAUUGGGAGCAACAGUUUAGAAAAAAUUAAAAUAUCAAAAUCAAGUUCAUCCCAAAUUUCGGUAAAUGAUAUCUCAAUGUCUGAGAUAAUUCCUAGAUAGGUUUUACUCAAAAUAAGUGUUGAAAUAUCAACCCCAACGACAUUUUAGCGAAGAGAAUACUACACCGUGUUACAAGUCGACAAUCUUCAAGAUCAAACAUUAAGCCAAGUAUUAUGAAAUAACGAUUCGAAUGGAAUAACAACUAUUUGAGCAACCAAAAAUAAUGUAAAGCAAGAAAUAAGAAAAGAGAGAAGAAAAGAUUUCUACGUGGAAACCCAACUGGGAAAACUACGGGUAGAGGAUGCUGAAAAUCACUUCACUGUAUCGAUUGAGGUUAUAAUGCUUCUGAAAUAAAAAAGAGAUAUUCAAGAAAUCUAAUCAUCUAUUUGUAGAGGCUUGACAUUGAGAUAUGCAUCAAGGAUAAACCUUAGACCAUAAAGUUUAUCAAUAAGGAAACUUUUAAUCAUUUAUGUAAAGGAAAGACAAUUUCCAACUAUGAGCAUAAUGUUUGGAGG